UAGCCUAUCAUCAUCAGCAGCAUCUGAUUCAAGUUCCCUAUAUUACGAGUUAACUUCAUCUUUUGCAGCAACUAGCACAGUGACGCAACCAUCUAGCUCACACUUCUUCAAGACUCCGUUGAGCAUGAAACAGUCGGCGACACUAGCAACGCCUAGUACUGUACCUAGUCUAUCAUCAUCAGCAGCUGUUUCAAGUUCCCUAUAUUACGAGUUAACUUCAUCUAUUUCAAAUAUGACAUUAACCACACGAACUUUAGUUAAAAUUGAAAAAUCAUCAACCCUGGUAAGGAAAAGUACUGUAGCUGACCCAUCAUCAUCAUCAUCGUCAAAAGUUAAUACAAGCUCCAUAUAUUACGCUCCUUCUCUACCUGAAACUAACGUAGUUGUGGGACAAUCCUCGCCAACGGCAACUAGUUCCAUAGCCAGAGCAUCAUCUAGUUCAUAUUCAAGAACCUCGAUUCGGGUUGAUCAAUCUUCAGCAACGGUUGCGACUAGUACUGUAGUUGGCCAAUCAUCAUCAGCAAUUUAUUCAAGUUCUACAUUUUACCACCUGACACCCUCUUUCCCAGCAAUCUCUCUUGCGCGAACGUCCUCACCACCUUUAACUAGUUCCGUAACAACUACUGUUGCAAAACUACCAUCGCCAUCAUCGCAAACGAGUGCCAUGACUCAAGAAUCAUCGUCGUCAUCUGCAAUUCUCACCACUUCACUUCCAAGAAGUCUAAUGUAUCGAGGAUCGACCGAAAAAUUGGAAAUAACCUCUGAUAUGCAACCGACACCGACUAGCAAAGUUGUGAGUACAAUGUCAUCAACUCAACUUACCCCAACAAGAAUUGUCGCCCUUCAAGCAAGGAUCCUUAACAUUGAAUUUGUUGCGAGCUAUCAAGAUAAAGAUAGCAUCGAUUGUAAAAAGCUCAGAGAUAUGCUAGAGAAGGCCGUGAUAAACAUCUUUGAUAAAAUUUCUGGGUUUUUGAGGAUAUCAGACGUUGAUUUCGAUGAAGGAAGUGUUAUUGCCAAUAUCCAAACUGAGUUUUCGUCGGAAAGUAAGCAAGUCAGUUCAAGUAGUCUUGCCAGGGCAGUUGUCGAUGCCAGUGAUGAAAAGGGCAACUUGGACGAAUUACAUUUUGAUAAAUCCUUUUUGGAGCAGCAAGUUGUUUCAACGACCCCUAAGGCUACCGUUGGAACUCCAAGCAAAGACGAAGAAGAUGAGGGGGAUAAGAAUGCCAUGAUUGGUGCAACCGCUGCUAUAGGAACUGCUGGAUUCAUUUGUCUCGUCCUCAUUCUCUUCUUCGUCUGUUAUUUCAAGAAGCAAAGGAACGAGCAGAAAAAUUCAAUGAAACGUCCUGUCCGCAUUGAAUUAUAUGAUGCCGGCUCUUACGAAAAUCAUCAUUUCGAUGCCUGGUAUGAAGAGUAGCACGUGGCACAAUAUGGACGUGUAAGAAAUAUAUAUUAUGCACACAGUAUAUAUAGUAAAACAGUUAUACCACAUGCACAAAUUAAAUUCCUAAGAGUUAAGACUGCAUACGAUAAAUAGAAUAUUUCGGCUUUAAUUCAUUUCAACGAUGACAAUCUUUUUUGGCAAGGUUCAUGCGAAAAAUUAUAUAUUUCGUGUGAAUAAAAAGUUUGCUCAUGCAAAGGGAUCCCAAGCUCUCCACGCGCAAAAGCGAAUUAAUGAACUGAUAACUUUAAGAGGCGAUUACCUCGGCAUAUAUAAUUUAUGUAAAUGCACCAUUGACACAUAUAUUAAGUUGCUCUCCUACCUACUAUACAUCGUUUAAUUCAU